GGGGAGGAGGCGGAGGAGCGAGCCGUGCGGCCAGAGCGGGAAAGAGACUCCGCCGUGCGUCCGAGUUCUGGAGCCGCCGCGCCCGCCCCGGCUCCGGGGACUGCAGCGGGAGCCGUGCGGGGCCGGGCGUCCGCUGCCUCCCGCGUCCCCUCGGAGAAGUCUGCGGGAUCCGACCGGGAGAAAGAUGGAGGAGGAGAGCGGCAGCGGCGGCGUCGCCGAUGGACCCGGCGGGUAUGCCGGCGCCGGGGAAAACCGCUUCCUCCCUGUCAAGCAUGAGCUGCGGACGGCAAAUUUAACAGGACAUGCAGAGAAGGUGGGGAUUGAAAAUUUUGAGCUCCUGAAAGUCCUAGGAACUGGAGCAUAUGGAAAAGUAUUUCUAGUUCGUAAAAUAAGUGGUCAUGAUGCUGGAAAGCUGUAUGCCAUGAAGGUUUUGAAAAAGGCAACAAUAGUUCAAAAGGCCAAAACCACAGAGCACACGCGGACGGAGCGACAGGUCCUGGAGCACAUCAGGCAGUCGCCGUUUUUGGUGACGUUGCACUAUGCCUUCCAGACAGAAACCAAACUUCAUCUCAUUUUAGAUUAUAUAAAUGGUGGAGAACUUUUUACUCAUCUUUCUCAAAGAGAGCGUUUCACAGAGCACGAGGUGCAGAUCUAUAUUGGAGAGAUUGUGCUCGCCCUCGAACAUCUCCACAAGUUGGGGAUUAUAUACCGUGACAUUAAGCUUGAGAAUAUUCUGCUUGAUUCUAAUGGCCAUGUGGUGCUGACAGAUUUUGGUCUGAGUAAGGAGUUUGUGGCUGAUGAAGCUGAAAGAGCAUAUUCGUUUUGUGGCACUAUUGAAUACAUGGCACCAGAUAUCAUCAGAGGAGGAGAUUCGGGACAUGACAAGGCAGUUGACUGGUGGAGUUUAGGUGUCCUAAUGUAUGAACUACUAACUGGAGCAUCUCCUUUCACUGUGGAUGGGGAGAAGAAUUCCCAAGCUGAGAUCUCUAGGAGAAUAUUAAAAAGUGAGCCUCCGUACCCCCAAGAUAUGAGUGCUUUAGCUAAAGACUUAAUUCAGCGUCUUCUGAUGAAAGAUCCUAAGAAAAGAUUGGGAUGUGGUCCGCGUGAUGCAGAUGAAAUCAAAGAGCAUCUCUUUUUUCAGAAAAUAAAUUGGGAUGAUUUAGCUGCCAAAAAAGUGCCCGCACCAUUUAAGCCAGUCAUCCGAGAUGAAUUAGAUGUGAGUAACUUUGCAGAAGAGUUCACAGAAAUGGAUCCCACCUACUCCCCGGCAGCGCUGCCCCAGAACUCCGAGAGGCUGUUUCAGGGCUAUUCCUUCGUUGCUCCUUCCAUUCUCUUCAAGCCCAACGCAGCUGUUGUAGAUCCUCUUCAGUGUCACACAGGAGUGGAACGUCCUGGGGCGACAAAUGUUGCCAGGAGUGCAAUGAUCAAGGACUCUCCAUUCUAUCAGCACUAUGACCUAGAUCUGAAAGACAAGCCACUGGGAGAAGGAAGUUUUUCAAUUUGUCGAAAGUGCAUACACAAAAAAAGUAACCAAGCAUUUGCAGUCAAAAUAAUCAGCAAAAGGAUGGAAGCCAAUACUCAGAAAGAAAUAACAGCACUGAAGCUCUGUGAAGGACACCCCAAUAUCGUGAAAUUGCACGAAGUUUUUCAUGAUCAGCUUCACACUUUUCUAGUUAUGGAACUUCUGAACGGGGGAGAGCUGUUUGAACGCAUUAAGAAAAAGAAGCACUUCAGUGAGACCGAAGCCAGCUACAUCAUGCGGAAGCUGGUUUCAGCUGUGAGCCACAUGCACGACGUCGGAGUGGUGCACAGAGACCUGAAGCCUGAGAAUUUACUGUUCACUGAUGAACAUGACAACUUGGAAAUUAAAAUAAUUGACUUCGGGUUUGCGCGCUUAAAGCCGCCUGACAAUCAGCCUCUCAAGACCCCGUGCUUCACCCUCCACUACGCCGCCCCCGAGCUCUUGAACCAGAACGGCUACGACGAGUCCUGCGACCUCUGGAGCCUGGGCGUCAUUCUGUAUACAAUGUUGUCUGGGCAAGUUCCAUUCCAGUCUCAUGACAAAAGUUUGACAUGCACCAGUGCAGUGGAAAUCAUGAAGAAAAUCAAAACGGGAGAUUUCUCCUUUGAAGGAGAAGCUUGGAAGAAUGUAUCCCAAGAGGCUAAAGAUUUGAUCCAAGGACUUCUCACUGUUGAUCCAAAUAAAAGGCUUAAAAUGUCUGGCCUGAGAUACAAUGAAUGGCUCCAAGACGGCAGUCAGCUGUCCUCCAACCCUCUGAUGACUCCCGACAUCCUGGGGUCUUCAGGAGCCGCCGUGCACACCUGCGUGAAGGCCACCUUCCACGCCUUUAACAAGUACAAGAGAGAGGGGUUUUGCCUUCAGAAUGUCGACAAGGCCCCUCUGGCUAAGAGAAGGAAGAUGAAGAAGACCAGCACCAGUACGGAGACGCGCAGCAGCUCCAGCGAGAGCUCCCAUUCUUCGUCCUCGCACUCCCACGGUAAAACCACCCCCACAAAGGCACUGCAGCCCAGCAACCCUGCCGACAGCAACAACCCGGAGCCCCUCUUCCAGUUCUCGGACUGAACGGCACGGGAACGGGAGGGCUGUGACCCAUGAGCCUGGCACUUUUGCUCCCUCGGCGAUGCCUGAGGUGAUGUUUCGUCAAAGUCAAAGCUUGUCUACUUUAAGAAAAUAAAAUACCCUGAAUGAGCCAAAAAAACAAAAAC